AAAUACGUUCGCAAGGUCAAGGACGAUCCCCAAGUCUGUUUACAAGUGAUCAACUCUCAACAGUUUAGAAAAGGCUAGCAGAUUUAUCUGCAACACAUGGCUUCCAGGAUUCUGUACCACCGUGCUACAGGUACAUCUCGUAUGUAUCUUCCCAAUCUGAAUGCAGCCGUUCAACAUUUCCGGGCCUUCUCCUGGCACAGAGAUGGAGAAAGCACAGACAUGUACUACAAAGUUAUCGGUGAUAAUGACACAGACUCCUUCACCGUGUGGCCGGACAAGAAGCUGGGCCCGUUUGGUCCCAAGGAUAGACGGUUCCCGUUCCCAGGCAAUGUGGGGCUUACCUUGAAGGACCAAGAGCCCCUUAAAUUCCAGCCUGUUAGCGGCAGCAUAAAUCCAGAGGCGAUAUUUGAUCACAUACCCGCAGAGAGGCACAGCAAGGUGCUACAACAUGCAAAUGAGGAAAUGGAAGCGCUGGAAGAACUGAUGCAUGAUGAAGAGGGAAAGACGUUACCCAGCCCUGAUGAUCUGCUAGAAUGUGUGGCCCAUGACUGUCCUACCAUCAUGAGGAAAGACUUUGCCGACCUUUUUCCAAACAUGAAUAUCAUGAUGGGCCACUUUACUAUAAUCACAAUCAGCCAGAAGACGAAGUCGGAUAUGUCUGGCUGGUCAGAGGAAGUCGAAGACGAGAGGGAGACUCUCCUACAGAGUUUUGUUCAAGGAGCUACAGAUAUCUGUGAAGCGUUACAGAGUGCUGGGUACUGGGCUGACUUUGUUGACCCUUCCUGUGGAAAACCGUUCCUCGGAGAAAACACGAACGCCAGUUUAUAUGAGACGGACGAGCGAUACCGUAAACUGGGAUUUGAGAUUGACGACCUCGGCUGCUGUAAGGUUAUUCGCCACCAUGUAUGGGGAACCCACUCCUAUAUUGGGUGUCUAUUCACCAAUGCGCCCGCUUCACACCCCAUCUUACAGCUGAUGAAGAAACACUCAUAAACAUUGUUGUGUGGUUUUAUAUUAUUUUUACAUACUGUAGUAUAUAAAACAAACUUGGUGUCAUUUAACAGCAUUUUAUAGGCCCAGUAGGCAAAGCCCUUUUUUGGCUAAAUUCGAGUUAUUGACAUAUUUUCAUUGUAAUGAUAGUUGUAUCCAUUGUGAACGCAGUAGUGAUAUUUUAUGUCCAAAUUGUAGUUUCAUUAUUAUAUUUGGGCAGAAAAUUUGGUAUGGUUCGACUCUAAAUUAUAGAGAUGAAGAAAUUGUAAUGCAUUACUUAGGUUAGAUCUGUUGGGAUAGCACUUGUAAGCACAUAGCAAGUAAGGAAUGUAUGCACAGCUGAGUGGUUUACAUGGAAAUGUAGGUGGCACAACUAAAUGGUCCCCGGCUUGAUGCCCACCAGAGGGGCACUUGCCGGAUGCCUCUCCAACCUCUCCCAAAGGAAGGUGGAUUUAGUUGUAAAGAAACCAAUUUCGCAAUGGCUCUCCAAAUAACAAAUACGAACGAUUUAAGCGCUCUUGGUACAAAAAAUCAUCAGCAGUGUUUCAUUAUUUUUACAGGGAUGUGAUUUAUCUACAAAUUCACAGAUUUCUGCAGAUCUAAAGCCUCCAGUCACCAUGGACAAUUUAAAAUAAAAAUUGUUAGUUGUAAUUCUCCAGUUGGCUUCAAAUUUUAAGUCAGGAACCCCAAACCCCUCCCCAGAAUGGUUUCAGCCCUUCAGCUGCCAGGUCAAUCACAUCCCUGUUGUUAAUGUGACGUAAAUGUUUUAAUAUUUUUACAUAUGUAUUUAAGUGUAGGUAAUAAUCUUGUUUGUUUAUAAAUACCCCAAGCUUUAUUCCCCAUUGCUGUUUCUCAGGGUUUGCUCUAGAUGAACAUUUUACAGUGGUGAAAAUAAUUGCCAGCCCAGUGCAGGCUUGUUACAACUUUUUAGAGCAAAAUAGAAGUGAAAGAAUCUAGGCUAGUUAAUCCAAAAGUCAAACAUUGACAACUGUUUUCAGGGUGAAGACAUUUUUUCUUUCAUCAUUUUGUGUUACUGUUUGUUGGAAAGUUGUAUAUCAUGUAGAUAGUAUAUCUGAAUAGUGCAACUGCCAUAUAGUCUAUGGAAUGUACAGGAUUUAUGCUCUAAUACUUAACUUCAUGCUGCUUAAAUUUCAUGGACUUUUUAAGGAUUACUGUCCGUAGGCUUAUAGAAUAUUGUAUUUAACUUUUCUUCCAAGAAGAUUUACUACUAGAGUUUCCAUACAAAUUGUGAAGUUCAGUUUUGCUUGAAAUUCUUGUGUACUGUAGAUUCUCAAAAUUUUGCAAGGGUUUUAUAUUAGCUAUCUUGCUGGAAUAAAUUUGGAUGCCAAUUUUAAACCUAGCAAACUUUUGAUUUACUUUUAACUGAUUGAUCAGAAAUAUUGUGUUUUUUUAAAUAAAAAUGUGGUUAAAGACAUAGUUGUUAUCUUUAAAUAGUGAAAUAUUAUAUGAUCUGCUCAUAUGUUUAAAAAAUAAGCACUUCUGAUACAGUUGUUUCAUAUCUUGUUAGAAAUAAUUGAAAUAACAUGUGUACCAUGCAACGUCCAGACCAGUCAAGAUGGUAGAAUUUACAACAAUGAUGUUAAUAAUGUUUGGCAUACUAUUUCUGAUUGGUUAAAUUAUUGUAUUUGCAAACACAAGCCAAUUCUGAGCUCACCAAAAACGGAUUUCACAGAAUUAAAACAAUGUACAAAAUUUCGAAAUAAAUUAUGUUCAUUUAGUGAGUCAUGUUGGUGAGAAGCAUCUGUUUCUGCAAAGCUAAGGAUCUUGUUAUUUAUAGCUUAUUUGAAUGUCCAUUACCAUGAGAUUGAUAUUAAAGCAAUAUAUACAAGUGGGAUAACCUUGAGCUACAUGUAGCUACUAUAAUUGUAGAAAAGAUGUUUCACUGCAUAGCAAUGUAUUGGACAAUGACAUGCUAUUAUGAAGAUUAAAUUGUUGAAGUUCA